AUGAUAAAUCAGUACCGACCUGAGACGAGACGGAGGAGACACGGAAAGAAAAGAAUGAAUAUUUUCAAAAAGUGUAUAAAUAAUCCUUUUGUAGAAACCCCGGUUUCUUUCAUUUGUCUGCACCCCAGCCAUUUCUUUUCUCUUUCCUUUCGUUCCCAACCGCUGUUUCUUUCUUUCUCUUUUCUUUCGUCACCAACCAACCAACCAAUCUUUCUUUCCUUCUUUCAUUCUUUCCUUCUUUCCUUCUUUCAUUCUUUCCUUCUUUCCUUCUUUCAUUCUUUCCUUCUUUCAUUCUUUCCUUCUUUCAUUCUUUCAUUCUUUCAUUCUUUGCUUCUUUCAUUCUUUGCUUCUUUCUUUCUUUGCUUCUUUCUUUCUUUGUUUCUUUCUUUCUUUGUUUCUUUCUUUCUUUCUUUCGUUCUUUCUUUCUUUCGUUCUUUCUUUCUUUCGUUCUUUUCUUUCUUUCUUUCUUUCUUUCUUUCGUUUUUUUUCUUUCUUUCGUUCUUUCUUUCUUUCGUUCUUUCUUUCUUUUUCUUUUUCUUUCUUUUUUUCUUUUCUUUCUUUCGUUCUUUCUUUCGUUCUUUCUUUCGUUUCUUUCUUUUCGUUCUUUCUUUCUUUCUUCUUUCUUUCUUUUCGUUCUUUCUUUCUUUCGUUCUUUCUUUCGUUUUCGUUCUUUCUUUCUUUCGUUUUUUUUUUCUUUCGUUCUUUCUUUCUUUCGUUCUUUCUUUCUUUCGUUCUUUCUUUCUUUCGUUCUUUCUUUCUUUCGUUCUUUCUUUCUUUCGUUCUUUCUUUCUUUCGUUCUUUCUUUCUUUCGUUCUUUCUUUCUUUCGUUCUUUCGUUCUUUCUUUCUUUCAUUCUUUUCUUUCUUUCUUUUUCUUUCUUUCGUUCUUUUUUUCUUCUUCAUUCUUUUCUUUCAUUCGUUUUUCUUUCAUUCGUUCAUCUUUCGUUCUUUUCUUUCGUUCUUCUUUCUUUCGUUCAUUCUUUCUUUCUUUCAUUCGUUCUUUCUUUCAUUCGUUCUUUUCUUUCGUUCGUUCUUUCUUUCGUUCGUUCUUUCUUUCGUUCGUUCUUUCUUUCGUUCGUUCUUUCUUUCGUUCGUUCUUUCUUUCAUUCGUUCUUUCUUUCAUUCAUUCGUUCUUUCUUUUCGUUCUUUCUUUCGUUCGUUCGUUCUUUCUUUCAUUCAUUCUUUCUUUCUUUCGUUCGUUCUUUCUUUCAUUUCGUUCUUUCUUCUUUCGUUCGUUCUUUUUUUCAUUCGUUCUUUCUUUCGUUCGUUCUUUCUUUUCGUUCGUUCUUUCUUUCGUUCGUUCUUUCUUUCGUUCGUUCUUUCUUUCGUUCGUUCUUUCUUUCGUUCGUUCUUUCUUUCGUUCGUUCUUUCUUUCGUUCGUUCUUUCUUUCGUUCGUUCUUUCUUUCGUUCGUUCUUUCUUUCGUUCUUUCGUUCUUUCGUUCUUUCUUCUUUCUUUCUUUCGUUCUUUCUUUCUUUCGUUCUUUUCUUUCGUUCUUUCUUUCUUUUCUUUUCGUUCGUUCGUUCGUUCGUUCGUUACAAACGUUCUUUCGUUCUUUCGUUCUUUCUUUCGUUCUUUCGUUACAAACGUUCUUUCGUUCUUUCGUUCGUUCUUUUUCUUUACAAACGUUCUUUUUCGUUCUUUCUUUCGUUCUUUCAUUACAAACGUUCUUUCGUUCGUUCUUUCGUUCGUUCGUUCGUUCUUUCGAGUGUCUUUACAAACGUUCUUUAUAUUGGCCAAUAA